AUGGGCAGAUACGACGUCGACGAGAUUGAUGAGGAGCCAUACGAGUCGCUGUCGGAAGAGGAGACGCUCACUCAGUAUGGCGACGAUGAGAAGGACGACAGGCAAGCUCGCAAGGAUGAUCAGGUGCAAGGCGAGGACGGCGAGCCACUUACGCGCAGAGAGCUCUUCAAGCCGGCGAUUGUGUCCAUCUGUUCAGCUUUGGGUGGCUUCGAAGAAGAGACGACCGAGUCUGGGGAGUAUGUGAGCGUGUACAAGCUGGGCGACGAGUGUCUUAAAUGUCUCAAAGACCUCAAGCGCUUCUGGCGCAUGGACGACCAAGACGACGACAGGACGGUCGCGCGACUAUGCUUUGAAACGGGCGUGCUCUCCAAAGACCUCCUGCCUAUCCUACUGUCGCAAGCUGGCACAGGACCUCGCGGCGACAAGAUUGCCCUUGCGUGCGCUGAUCUCAUUGGUGCAAUGACUUGGCCUAUCGACGUCGCAGAGGAGCUGAAAGAGGCUGCUGAGGAAGCUGCCAUCAGAGGAGGACCUGAUGCGCCGCGAGUCGACUUUGCAAGCCUGCUGAGGAUACAGCUGACCUACAAGGCGGCCAUACUCAAGGCCAAUGCCGUCGAAACUAUUCUCAAGCUUUGCGUGCCGUCACUCGCCAAACCUCGAAGGGAUCGAACAGAGAAGGAUGCAAACAUCAUCACUCUAGUCCUUCACAUCUUCAGAAACCUUGCAGCUAUCAAAGAUAGGCCGCGGUCGGCCGCGACGUCAACGCAGGCUGUGCAAGACUCGACUCUACAAUCUGAGUUGAUACAGUCCAUGAAUCGACACGAAGUCUUUCAAGUUCUGCUCAAUAUCGCUCACCUUUCCAUGGGGAACGAGUUCAGAGUGUGGAAUCUGGUCGUGCUUGACAUCUUUCACUUGAUCUUCCGCGGCUGCAAGCCUGCUGAUCUCGUCGGCGACGUCGACAAGUCAACAUCGAAAGGCUUGCAAAGCUUAUUAGAGGCAGAGGACAGUCGCAAGCGGAUCGAUCAGCGAAAGGGCUCCAGCCGACACAACAGAUUCGGCACGACGCUGACGCUGCGGACGACGGAGCGGAGCUAUACACUCCACAAACAGUCUGCUGUGAAUGUCUCGCCUACAAAGAUCAUCGACCGUGUCAAGAAAACCAAAGCAAAGCCUCUCAAAAUCCAGGACGAGCUGACGACGCCGACAGAGCUCACGCCCGAAGCGCUGAAGGCUCUGCAGCAGAUCGCGCAGCAAUUCAUUGAAUCCUGCUUCAAUAACUUCUUCGAAUCCGUCGGCGGCGACAUCCGAGCAGAACGACCGAAAGUGCGCGAGGCAGAUCAUCUGCGUUACCUCUUCCUGUCUCGCUUCUUUCUCGAAUACUUCUUGUUGCUUAUCGCCAGCGAGAAAGCAGCCGGCAUUGACCCUUCGAGCGAGCAAGGUCACGACUUUGAUCUUGUGGCAGAUAUGACAGAGAUUGACACUGUCAAUCUUGUUACAAAGCGGAUGCGGAUAGGUCUUGACGACAAGCCAGUGAGACACAGCGAGGUCCAAGGAGCAGUCGAGCUCUUUACUCAGAUCCUGCUUCUGCUCGAGUCGCUGAGCGCCUCGUCGAACGAAGACCACCGUGAUGUGGCGCAAGUCAUGCAAGAUAAGAUCUAUUACGAGGAAGAGAUUCUAGCGACUGCUAUCACAGUCGUAGAUCGAUAUGGCAAGCGCAAUACGCUUCAAUACCUCGAAUCUGUCAUUCACUUCGCGUACACCAUGCUGCGUACGCUCGAACGCUACUCCAAGUCGACUGCCCACAUGUAUGUGCGCAGCAAACGCAAGAAGAUUGCUCAGAGGAAGAAACGUGCCGCUGGUGAAGCUGCCGAUGACGGUCACGAUGAAGACUCGCGGCCCGAUUCUGGCGCGAGAUCGAAAUCAGAGCAUGCCUUCAACUUUGCCCAAUUCGAGGCCCGCUUUGCAACGGAAGCGACCUUGAACACCUGUGUAGCUUACUUGCGAGGCUACAAGACCUUCAGAUCCGACGAGCAGAUGAAGCGGAUCGUCGGCCUCAUGCAUCGGCAAGCAGUAAAAGCCAACAAUGCUGCGCUCUUCUGGAAGAUCUCCACCCUUACACUCUUUGGAGAGAUACAUAGCGACCGACAGCUCCUACCAAGUACACGUUCAUAUAACGAUCUCUACAAAUUCGUGGAAUUUGUGCUGCGCGGAUUCUUCAAGGCAGCGCAGCAAGCUCCACUGGUUAUCGUCGAGGCGCUGUUUCCCCAUCGCAAGAGCGAUGUUAAGCGCUUGCAGUCUGGCUUUGCUCAGGAGGAUGAAGACAAUUCGGACGACGAGGUUGCCACUCGCGCGCUCAAGAUGCCCGCAGAGCUGGUCGUCAAGCGUGGCUUUACCCAGACUCAGCAGAUGGGUAUCGCGAUCAGUCUGCUAGCCGACGCUUAUAAGGAGUAUCUGCUCGAUUGGGUCAAAGAUACAUUACGGACUGUCCUCAGAGCGCGCAAAGAGGUUGUCGAGGAGAUCGACGGGCCGCCAGAGACGCAGAUGGAUCUCACCGAAGAUAUUGACGAUGCGGAACUGAAACGACGUCAUGAGCUCGCCAGCAAGCCCUCAGAAGCUGCUCUCGCGGCGUUCCAGGCGUAUGACGUGCCAUAUGAUGAUGCCGACACAGAAAAGGCAGCAACUAAAGAUCCUCAACUCCAGUUGUUGCUCAGACUCAUUUCUUGGGAAUCUCGCAUCCCCGAGCACAACAAGUUUGUCAUCUGGACGGUGCCCGCCAGGCGAUUGCCAAAGGAGAUGGAAGCCGAUCUGCGGAUGAUUGAUGACUUUCUCAUCAAUCCUCUCGAUGCCAACACUGGCCAAUCAGCAGCUGAGCUGGUCCGAAAACAAGCCAAAAAGCGGCCCAAACGAGCUCGUGUCGGGUCAGACGGACUUGAGCUGUCCGAAGAGGAGCCAGUACCAUCACGCAAGCGCACCCGGAAGCAAGACGAGCAACGCCAAGCUUACUUAUCAACUCAAUUUAUUGCCUCGAGCGACGAGGAAGAAGGACUCGAUCAAUAUGCCGACUUCUUUGCCAAAGAAGCGGAGGCAAAGCGAAAGCGCGACGCUGGCGGUAUCGUGGGUGGAUCUGUCCAGCCAAUAUCUCAGAUGUCACAGCAGCUCAAAGUCGUCAAGCCGCCGGCCGAGCCUAUGCCUGCGCCUGUAGCGCUGACCGAUCGAAGCGAAAGCAGUCAAUCGCCCGUUGCAUCAAAGCACACUGAUCCGAGCAGCUCGACGCCGCCAUCGAGUCUGCCGCUCUCUCAUCCGUCCUCACCUGAGCCAUCUGCGCCGAUUACAGUCAGAUCAAAGGACGUGCGCAGAAGCAGCUCACCGGCUAUCCGCAAACUCAGCAAGCGUCGCAAGCGAUCUGUGGGAAGCAGCGGCAGCGAUGCUGAAGAUGGCAUGCCAUCGUCUGCUCGCGCUCUCUCGCUUUCACCACAGCGUCCAGCAAUGAGGCGCAAGCCUCAGAAGAUAGUGGACAGCGACAGCGAGUAG